AUGAGAAGAAAAGAAGACGGCGAAAAGAAGAGACAGAGACAGCGAAGAAGAGAUAGAGAAAUGAAGCUGACGGUCACCUACACCACCGUCGCCCAGGGCUCGUACCGCUUCGCCUUCGUUGCGGCCGCUGCUACCUACGGCAUCGUCGUCUACAAGGGCUACGUUGCCCGCGGCCGGCUCGGAGGCAGCAUUCCAAACGACAUCAUCAAGCUUGCCGGCGACGAGAACGUCCAGUAUCUCGGAAUGGCCCUUGUCUGGCUGUGCUCGCGCCAGCUGCUCUUCGCCCUGCUCCCCUUCGCCAUCUACUCCUUCUUCCACGUCGCCACAUACACCCGCACGUACCUGAUCCCGACUUUCCAGCCCUCCCCUGAUGCAGGUCCAGCCUCGCCCUCCGGCAGACCGGCCGCCGCCAAAUCCUCCCCCCUGGCAGAUCAGAUCGGCCGUUUCGUCAAGACAUACUACGACACCAGCAUGGCCAUGGUUGCCGCCCUGGAGCUCUCGCUGCUGAUCAGACUGAUUUUCACCGCCUUGACUUUUAGCAGCGGAAGCUGGCUGCUGCUCGUCAUCUACUUCUGGUUCUUCCGCUCUCGGUACACACAGAGCUCGUUCGUGCAGGCCGUGGUCGCCCAUUCGACGGCCAGGAUCGAUGCCAUGCUCUCCCACCAGAGUACCCCGCCAGCUGUCCGCCAGGGAUGGGAGGUUGUCAAGAAUGCGGUUCAACGGCUGUACACCGUUACCGACCUGAAGCCAUAUCUCGCUCGGUUCCAGCAGCAGCAGGGUCCCGGCAAGAAGCCACAGUAG